AUGUGGGCAUUUGGCAACACUGCUUACCAAAACACACGGAAUUCACGUAACGAAACAUUUUUAAUUGAAUUUCCUUCGAUUUUUUGACUGAAAGUCCAAGAAUGCGUAUUCCUGGAGCGCUAUAUGCGGCCCGUGGCCGAGCCCCACAGAACGAGAAGGAAGUGCCAUUCCAGGAAAUACUCCCCCUGCGCCUCAAGAACACAGUUAGUGGAAAGGCUGAUUCGGGUUCGGAUGUGGCAUGCCUCCAGGAGAUGGGUGUGCUCUUUGCCUGCCUCAAGGACAACGAGUUUGUGGAGAAAUACUGCGAUAAGGAGAUCAGCAGGUUCCAAAAGUGCUACAAGGUCUACAUGGAUCGGAAAUUUGAGGCCAAGAAAACCGUCAAUCAAGGCAUUGUCCAGCCUGGCAGCAAUUUGAACUACAAGCAACUAAACAAAUAUAUGCGAAGGUUUCCGAAUCCCCAGUAGAUACCCUCGCAGUUAAUUGUUGUUGAGUCAUUUAAUAAUCAUAAUUAUAGGUACACUAUGUACAAUAACUGAACCAGUAAAGAUCGUUUCUAUACCGCCUAA